CGGUAAAGGAGACUCAUCGCUAUACAAUGUGCCGUUCGAAAAACGAACCGUGUAGAGAAAUCCUUGCUUACUUGUCUUCUUUUAGAAACGCUCAAAGAAAACUAACUGUUUUUCUCGGCCAUGCAAGGGGAUUGUACAAUCUACAAGGGCGAUUGUAGAAUAAACACUAUUAUUGUAAGCAUCAAUACCGGCACAAACAAAGAAUAACUAUAUUGCGAUUACAGAAAUUCCUUUAUAAAAUAUAAAAUAAAAUGCUGCCAUAGCGUAGAUGUAAAACGAUAGCCAGCAGUGCAUUUACACAGAUACAAAAAUACAGGUGCACGCAGAAACAAAAUAUUGGCACCGAUCUUCUUCUCACCGAAACAAUGUUGCCCAUAGCUACUUUGUUUCGUGCAAACACACAAAGCCAUUGUCAAAAAGGGUAGGCUCUUCUAAAGAAGAAGCGAGAAGCUGAAAUCUGAUCUUCAUAAGCAACAGUUGUUCUGCACCGGCAACAUAUUAGGCUGGAGACAGAGCGUCAUGUUUGGUGUUUAAGCAGUUCUUGCUCAUGACCGCGCAAUGAUACAGGCGCCUAGUAACCGGCUUGUCAAUUUCUUUCUUCUUCUGUGUUCCUACCUGGUCCUUGCACAAGCCUACACUGCAGUAACAUCGUAUAGGUGCUACAAACCACUGGAAGCUGGAAUCUGCGGAGCAAGAAUACCCAGAUGGUAUUACGACUUAAGAAGCGGAACUUGUAAAGUAUUCACGUACAGUGGCUGUGGUGGAAACAGUAACAAUUUCGCUUCAGAACUGAAGUGCCAAAAAGAGUGUAUACCAAGGCAUUUGCAACGGAUUGUUUGCAGUCAAUUCCCUAUGCCACGGCCAUGCAACUUUGGUCCACACUGGCACUUCGAUCCCAUUACAAACACCUGCAAUAGGUAUCCAUGGGGCCGCUGUGGAAGUAACGCUAACCGCUUUCCAUCGUGCGAGGCUUGCAUGAGGAGAUGCACUAAUUACAGGGCACGUGACGCCUGCCGUGAACUCAUGUGGAUGGAACGUGCUCCAACAGAACCGACAGAAUUACACUACCAAUAAAUACUCUGAUUGCCUAUGU